AUGCAAGCAGACCGCCGAAGAAUCAAUGCGCCCGCAGGCGGUACUGCAGCACCGGUCUUCACCUUCACUGGAAACGAGGACCUCCUACAACGGCCAACACGAACGCGAAAGGCAGAUGAGCACCGCAAAAUCUUCCUCAGAACCAAAGUCGUACCAUCAGCAAGCGGCAGUGCCUACUACGAGAUCCCACCUGCCAAAUCCACAUCAUCCAAUGGAAACCUGGUACCGGCGGCAUCGAAUCUGAAGAUCACCUGUACUGUGCAUGGCCCCCGACCAUUACCCAGGAACGCAGCGUUCAGUCCGAAUCUACUCCUAAGCACGCACGUCAAGUUUGCACCCUUCGCUACCCGGCAACGGCGAGGCUACAUUCGCGAUGCCAGCGAGCGGGAUCUGGGUGUCCAUCUGGAGACUGCGCUGCGAGGCGUCAUAAUCGGCGAGCGCUGGCCGAAGAGUGGAUGUGAAGUCGUCAUCACUGUUCUGGAAGGCGAGGAGGACGGAUGGUGGGGCGACCAGCAGCAAGGCAGCGAGAAGAGCGGAGGGUGGGGGAUGAUGAGUGUUUUGGCCGGGUGCAUUACGGUGGCGAGCGCGGCGCUGAUAGAUGCUGGCAUUGAUUGCGUCGAUAUGGUGUCUGGUGGGACUGCUGCGCUUGUCAGGAAUCCUGAGUCGAAGACGGAGGAGGUUGUGCUGGAUCCGUCGCCGCCGGAGCAUGAGAUCAAGGCGGCUUGUGUGGUGGCGUAUCUACAGUCGAGGGAUGAGAUUACAGAGAUGUGGAUGAAGGGUGAGGUCGGAGAGGGUACGGAAUUUCUCACAGACCAGGCGGUGAAAUCUGCCAUGAUGACGCGGACUGUGCUUGUGGAGGCUGUGAAAGAGGGUCUGGAGGUCGAAGGUGCUGUGGAGUCAUUUAAUGGGGCGCCGAAGGCUGCAAAGGGUAAGGGGAAGGAUGUUGACAUGACCGAUUGA